AUGGCGGUUGGCAUUGGCAAAACAUGAUGCAUUUUCUAGUUGCUGUUGCCAAGGAAGUGGACGAGCGAUUUCUUCCGGAUUAAGAGUCAAAAAGAAAAGCUUUCCCACGUGUGGCGAAUGAAUGGUGAAGGCUGACCCAGAAUCUGCAACUCGAGGAUGCAAAAAGCAAGUUUUUGAGGAACCUGCUGACGAUUUAAUUAAACUCAGGAAAACAUGGCAGUUGACGGGGCGACCAAAGAGAAGAAGAAAAAGAAGAAAAUAAAGGUGAAGGAAGAAGUCGUCGACCAGGAUGAGGGAAACACAAACGUGAUGCAGUGCCAUGAUGUGUCCGUUCAGACUGUUGUGAAAAAAGAACCGAUGGUCGUAAAUGAGGAGAAGAAGAAAAAGAAGAAGAAGAAAAAGAAAGUGAAGGAGGAGGUGGAAGCAAACAGCCCCGUGACGGUGUGUCACAAUGUGUCCGUCCAGACUACCGUCAAAGCUGAGCGCUCAGAAAUCAAUAUCAGCGAUGCUCCUGACAAUACCAUCAAGAAGAAAAAGAGGAAGAUCAAGGAGGAGGAGCCAGAAGAGCAUUUAGUGUCCAAGAAAAAGAAAGGCAAGAAAAAAGGAUAUGAAGAUGAGGUGGAAGGUAUUCAAAAUCAAAAGACGAAAAAGGAGGUGGAGGUCAAAGAGGAAGAUGACAGUGUAGAGACGCUGAAAAAGAAGAAGAAAAAAAGAAAACCAAACACAGGAAUGGAGGAUGGAGAAACAAAGACAAGGAAAAGAAAAAAGACAGAAGCUGAUGAAUGCAUAGUGGAAGUGCAAAAGGAGAAAAAGAAGAAGAAUAAGAAGAAGAAGAAACAACGACCGGAUGACAUCAUCAGCUCAGAGACAAAGCCGGAGAAGAAGAGCAAGAAGAAGAAAUUAAAAUGCGUGGACGGCGGUGAGAGUCUUCCUCACGCGAACGGAGGACCCGUCAGCUCGCCGGAUAAGAAGACGAAAAAGAGCGUCAAGGUGAAGGCUGAUGAUGUCAUCGAGAAGAUGGAGGAGGAGCCGGCGGUAAAGGAGGAGAGGAAAGAAGUGCAGAACAUGACGCCGGACAAAGUUAAAAAGACGGACGUUAAAGAAGAGCGUCGUGAAGCGCCGAGGGCGAGUAAAACGAGAGAUAUCGUGUUCCUGUCGGCAAAGCCUGGAAACCAGGACGAGGUUUCCAUAGAUCAGGCGCGCCGUCUCGCCCUACAGAUGGACAUCGACAAGGAGUCGCAGCCGAAGCCGACUCUGGGCCAGUGGGGCACGGCACAGUUCGACAGCCCCGACAGACAAAACAAGUUCCUGCGCUUGAUGGGCGGCUUUAAGAAGAGCAGCCAGCCAGUCGCGGGAUCCCCCGGCUCGGCCAACAUGGCGCUGGGGAAAGAAGGCCAACAGACUUUGCAGCAAGGCCUUCUGGGACAGUUUGAGCGCGCUCAGAGCCACCACAUGGACUUCAAAAUGAAAGGAGCCGGAUUGGGGUUCAGAGCGCCGUCCAAUAAGACGUUUACGAUCGAUGCUAACGCGCGGAAGUCCGUGCGAUUCGACGACUGAGGGAGAGUUUCGAAAGUGAAGGUAUUUACUCAGACCCAUGUGUCAGGAAUCAUAAAACACAAAAAACACAAGAUAAACACGUCCAUAAGUACACAAUAUAUAUGUUUGAAAUGUAUAGAAGCUCGUUUCUGCCAUGGAAUAGAAAAUAACAGAGGUAAUGGCGACUUUUAUUUCACAAUGCCGACUUUUUUCGAGUUUACAUCUCGCAAUUCUUACUUUUUUCUCAGAAUUGCAAGAUUUAAUUAUAAUUGUGAGAUAUAAACGAACAAUUCUGAGCAACAAAUGUUUUCAGAAUUACACUAAAUCUCGCACUUGAGUUUAUAUUUUUUUUUUUAGAUUUGUGACUUUAUUUCUCACAGUUCUGAUUAAAUCUCGCAAGUGUGGAAAAUAUCUCGCAGAAUUGUGAGAUUUAGUCUGAAUCGUUCGAUAUUAACUCACUAAUCUGAGAAAAAACACAGAGUUGCAAGUUUAUAUCCCGCAAUUCUGACAUUAUAACUCGCCAUUGCAACUUUAUAUCACGCAGUUCUGAGAAAAAGUCAGAAUUACGAAAUUUUGUCAGGACAGGAUUUGACAGGAUUUUGAGUAAAUGAUGACAGAAUGUUCAUUUCUAGGCGAACUGCUUCCUUUAAUGUAUAAAUCGACAUGGGUUUAUCAAAUACUGGUGUAUUUGACCAAAGUUUUUUUGGUCCUAUGAGAUGUUGUACUCAGGUGAGAUAUCAGGAGUUGGAUUUGAGUUCAUCAUGGGAUUUUCCCAAGAAAAUGAUACUAAAAGAGAAGGACAACAGGAAUAAAGACACUGGAUUACAGCUGUCA